GAUCUCCCAAUCUCUUGCUCUCCUCCAUCUCACUUGUUGUCGAAGCCGGUGCUACUCUGACGAGGAGGCUCUAUUGCAUUGAUUGUCUGAUAAUAUGGCUUCAGCUGCUUUCAUUGAGCCUCUUCCUGUAAUAGAGUUUGUUGCCCAACUUCUGGGCAAGGAUGUACCCAUUGUCUUAUUCUGAUCGAGUGAAGGUUAAAAAGGCCCUUGGAGGAGUGAAAGUUGAGCAACCCACAGAGGGAAUGUAUGGAGAAAAUACCGUGUUUCAGGAUUGAUAUCUCAACCUACCAGCGAACUAGUGUUUCCUGUAGAUGACAACCCAACAAUGAAAUCAGUUUAUCGAAUACUUCCAGGAGAUGUAUGGCUUCACCAUUCAACACACACAUUUACCUUGCUAAUAGACAUGUAUUUGAGGU